CACUGACUUCUGGGAGUUGUAGUCCUGCACUGCUCGUGUAGACAUGGCGGCCUCCAUGGCAGAAGGCUGUAGGGUGUCCCUGAACCUGGCCCGGAGCUUCCGAAUGGCCAGGCCGCGGCUCGCUGCACUCGCGUCUGAUGUCUGCUGUGUCCGCAUGGGCUCCAGCCGGCUUCAGAGCACCGGGCCUUCCGAGCCCGGUGGGUUUAAGCCACCUCCGAAACCUGUCAUGGUGGACCGGCACCGAGCCCCGGACAAACAGAGAAGGUUCCUGAGUCCUGAAUUCAUUCCUCCAAGGGGAAGAACAAAACCUCUGAAAUAUCAGCUAGAAAGAAAAGAUAUGCUGGACAGGAGGAAGGUGCUUGACAUUCCAGAGUUCUAUGUUGGAAGCAUACUGCGGGUCACCACAGCCGACCCAUAUGCCAGUGGGAAAACCAGCCAGUUCCUGGGGAUCUGCAUCCAGCGAUCUGGAAAAGGACUUGGGGCUACUUUCACUCUUAGGAACACGAUUGAAGGACAAGGUGUGGAGAUUUGCUUUGAACUGUAUAAUCCUCGCAUCCACGAGAUCCAAGUGGUGAAGUUAGAGAAGCGGCUGGACGAUAGCCUGCUGUAUUUACGAGACGCCCUCCCUGAGUUCAGCACCUUUGAUGUUAAUAUGAAGCCGGUCCCACAUGAGGCCUGCCAGGAAGUGCCUGUUAACAAGCUGCAAGUGAAAAUGAAGCCAAAGCCGUGGUCCAAACGCUGGGAACGUCCGUACUUCAACAUUAAAGGGAUCAGGUUUGAUCUUGCUUUAACCGAAGAGCAAAUGAAAGAAGCCCAGAAGUGGAGCCAGCCAUGGCUUGAAUUUGAUAUGAUGAGAGAAUAUGACACUUCAAAAAUUGAAGCUGCCUUGUGGGAAGAAAUAGAAGCAUCCAAGAAGUCUUAAUCUUGGGACUGGUGAGAUGGCCCAGCAGGUAAACAUGCUUGCUGCUCAGGCCUGACGAGUUCAACUCUGGAACCCAGGGUGCAAAGGGAGAGAACUGACUCCUGAAAGUUGUCCUUGGCCUUCUACAUGCACACCCUAGCCUGUGUGGACCCCAACUCGGACACAUACAUAAAAUUUUUUUUUUUCUUUUAAGCCCUUGUUCUGAGAAUGCCUUUAAUUGCAGAUAUAUUAGCUCAGCCAUUAAGUUUGCUUUGUAAGAGCACAACUAUUAAAUGAGAUGGUACUCCUCACCUUAUCAUACCUAGCAUAAGGUCUGCACAGCAGUUUAUGGCUCUAAAAAGAAAUCGCCCAACAUUCAUUCCCUAUCUGGAGCCAGUGAAGUCAGCAUCACCAAAAUGAGAUGAAAUGGGAUGUGAGCAAGGGGAGUAAAUUGGGAAAUAAUCAUAAAUACACAACAAUGUGUGUGUGAGUUAAAGUGUAGUAGUAGGGGCUGGGUCAGUAGUUAAGCGCACUUGCUGCUCUUGCAGAGGACCUGAGUCCAUUUCCCAGCACCCAGUUCUGUACACGCGUGUCCAGGGACCAGACGGUGUCAGAUUCCCUGGAACUGGAGUCACAGCUGCUUAUGACCCACCUGACAUGGGUGCUGAGAGCUGAAGUCAAGUCCUCUGGAAGAACAGUGUGUACUCUUCAUCACUAGCUAUUUCUCCGGCCCUAUGCAGUGUUAAAUGUCUUGUUUUGACAUGUUUUGCUGUGAAAGUUUCAAGGAGAAUGUGGCACUCUGAGCUGUCAUCUGGUUUCAUUUUCCCCUCAGUUAUGAGUGGAUUCUGCUCAACAGAAGACACCCCAGGACACCUGGCAGCCCACAGUAUCAGCUGGGUGAUGAGCUGUCCAGCAGGAAGUGGUCAGAGAGCGUAUUUUUUUCACUUUGUGCAUGAAACAAAGUCUUUUGGGGGUCAAAACAGUCCUCUGUGGGGACAGGAGUGUACUUGGUGAUCCAUGCAGCUGAGCAUGGGUUGGGAAGCUGGGAUGUAUAACAGAGUAAAGGCUAUCUAUCCCACCUGUACCAUCCCAAGAGCCAGCCCGGAUCAUGGUGCCUCCAUCAGUGAGUCUCUCAGUGCCCGACCUGCCCCUGGAGCCUUUGCCUCGCUCGGGCUGGUUUUCUGUUGAGCACUUUGUGCCGUCCUUGUUUUCAUUUUUCUGGCUAACUCCUUUAGAUGGAACAUUACUAGCUUCCAGGGAAGAUGUGCCUGUGCACUGACCUCCAUGGCAUACAGGGCAUGCCACUUAUGCUCCUGAGAUCUCUCACUCAUGUGGCCCAUGUACUCUUGAGAGAGACUAUCUGACCUGUACUAUCACUCUGCUUUUGAGUUUCCUUGUUACAGUUGUACUGGUAAUAGUGUUUUAGUGCCAUGCUGGGAAACACAGUCAUUCUGGUUUCUGCUCCCUGUGUAUGACUUGAAAGUGUGUAGUUUUAGUCUUCACAGUAAUGAAAUCAGUGUUGUGCCUUGGUGCAGAUAUGUUUGUAUCCACAUUUUGGGGUGAGCCUUUCAAUACAGUGACUGAUGUUCUGGGAAACUUGGCACUUGUUGCUGAUUUUCUCUCAUCUUGUCUUCCUGGAACCAUUAUUUGGAGUUUAGAUACCCAGUACCUGUUCCUUCUUUAAGUGUAUACAUGUGUGACCGUGUAUCAGACCCUCUGGAUCUGGAGUUCCAGGUGGCUGUGAACUGCAUGGUGUAGGUGCAGGGAACCAAACUCUGCUGAAAUUCUCUGGUCUCUGCCUCUGAGGCACAGGUCUCCUCUGAUUUUCCUGAGUCUCUGAUCUAGAACUGUUCUUUUUGGGUGUUGUGGGUGGGCAGAAAAAUGAGAUGGAACUAAGGCUCAUUCAGAUAUCUAGAUACUAGUCUGGGGAUCCCCCGCUGAGUAACGUGGCCCUAGGUUGUUCACCUGUAUGAUUAUUUCCUGAACCUCUGAGUGUUGAUAUUAAAUUUAUGAGUCAGUAUAAAGAGAAUAAAAACUACUCCAAAUUAGUUUUUAA